GAGGGUUUCUAGUUUGUAGAUUUAAGUUUAAAGGGGGUGCGCGGCGCAUCCGCCCUAUCUCAACCGCGCAUCAGGAUUGACGUUGCAGCCUAGAGGAAAUGGCGACCGCACAAGAAGUCGGAGUAGUGCUGGGGGCGCGAAGACGCGUGUGAUCUUUACACGAAAGACAUGCGGAAUGCCUUUAGGCAUUAAACGCGAGUGUCUUUCGGGAUGUGCUGUGCUUGUCGCGACCAGCCUACGAUUUUCGAUUCAGUGCACCACAACUAGCAAUAAAUGAAGACUAAUAUCCUAGAUGAUUUUUCAAGGACAUACACACAUAACAAAGAGAGUUGAUGUUAGUAAUGUUUUUGGCCCCCAAAAUUGCCCAUUCUGAAUACGAGGUAUCGUGGGGGCCUAGGCGCGAAGAGACAUGUCCGUUGCCUCUGACUAUUCGUCCGAGGAGGAGCUCAGCCUAUUCCGUCCAUUCACACGCGAGUCUCUUGCGGUCAUCGAGACUAGAAUUGCGGAAGAAUAUGCUAAGCAGAAGGAGCUCGAAAAGAAAAGAGCUGAAGGAGAGACCGGUUUUGGACGAAGGAAAAAGAAAAAAGAUAUUCGGUAUGAGGACGAGGACGAAGAUGAAGGUCCCCAACCUGAUCCAACUCUGGAGCAGGGGUUGCCCUUGCCAGUACGUCUUCACAGUACCUUUCCUCCGGAAUUGGCUAGUACACCACUUGAAGACAUCGACCCUUUUUACAGUAAUCAAAGGACUUUUGUAGUGGUUAGUAAAGGAAAGGACAUUUUUCGAUUUAGCGCAACAAACGCCCUGUGGGUACUCGAUCCUUUUAAUCCAAUCCGUCGAGUAGCCAUUUACAUUCUAGUGCAUCCUUUGUUUUCUCUUUUUAUCAUUACUACCAUCCUUGUUAAUUGCAUCCUUAUGAUUAUGCCCACAACACCCACCGUAGAGUCAACCGAAGUGAUAUUCACAGGAAUCUACACGUUUGAAUCAGCUGUGAAGGUGAUGGCGAGAGGUUUUAUUCUUCAACCGUUCACCUACCUUAGAGAUGCAUGGAACUGGCUCGACUUCGUAGUCAUAGCUUUAGCUUAUGUCACCAUGGGUAUAGACCUUGGAAAUCUUGCUGCCUUGAGAACAUUUAGGGUACUACGAGCUCUAAAAACUGUUGCCAUUGUGCCAGGUUUGAAGACUAUCGUGGGAGCUGUAAUAGAAUCUGUAAAAAAUCUCCGAGAUGUGAUAAUUUUAACAAUGUUUUCUCUGUCAGUAUUUGCAUUGAUAGGUUUACAAAUUUAUAUGGGUGUUUUGACACAAAAAUGUAUCAAAGAAUUUCCUUUGGAUGGCUCAUGGGGGAACCUCACUCAUGAAAGUUGGGAGAGAUUUAAUAGCAACGAAUCUAAUUGGUAUUGGGACGAUGAAAAAGGUGAAAGACCAUUGUGUGGAAACUCCUCAGGAUCAGGACUAUGCAAAGAAGGUUACAUUUGUUUACAGGGUUACGGUCCUAACCCAAAUUAUGGCUACACCAGUUUUGAUACUUUUGGUUGGGCUUUACUUUCCGCUUUCAGAUUAAUGACUCAAGAUUAUUGGGAAAAUUUAUAUCAAUUGGUUUUACGAUCAGCCGGUCCUUGGCAUAUGCUAUUUUUUAUUGUAAUUAUAUUUCUGGGUUCAUUUUAUUUAGUUAACUUGAUUUUGGCUAUCGUCGCUAUGUCGUACGAUGAGUUACAAAAGAAAGCCCAAGAUGAGGAAGAAGCUGAAGCUAACGCUAUUAGGGAAGCUGAGCAAAAGGCAAAGGAUAAACAAGAUAGAGCAGAUGCAAGAGCAGCUGCGGCGGUGGAGGCGGCUGAAGCAGCAGCAGCUGCGGCGGCGGCAGCAGCAGCAGGGUGUGACAACGAUCAAUAUAUCAUAAAAUCGUCUUCGGAUUACUCGUGUCAUAGUUACGAAUCGUUUGUGGGACAACCCAAUGGUCAAGAUGACAACAACAAGGAGAAGAUUAGCAUACGCUCUGAAGGAUUAGAUUCCGUGAGUGAACAAAGAAGACUUCCUACUAAUCUGAGCAAGAUGCGGAAAGUCAGCGCUGCCAGUCUCAGCCUUCCUGGAUCUCCUUUCAAUCUUCGGCGAGGGUCCCGAGGUAGCCACCAGUUUACUUUAAGAAACAACAGACGCAUGGUGGCUCCGCCGGGUGAUCGUAAGCCUUUGGUGCUUUCAACUUAUCUUGAUGCCCAAGAACACCUUCCUUACGCCGACGAUUCUAACGCUGUCACCCCCAUGAGCGAGGAGAACGGCGUCAUGGUCCUCCCGAUGUAUUACACCAAUUUGGGAUCACGUCAUUCAUCGUACACUUCACAUGCCUCACGGAUGUCAUACACUUCUCAUGGAGAUUUGUUAGGCGGUUUGGGAAGCAAUGGGAAAAUGAUGACAAAGGAGAGUCAACUCAGGAACCGAUCACUGAGAAACGGACCAGCGGCCGCUCCCGUAAGCCACAAGUCAACACGAGGCGUCUAUGAUGGUCCCACGGGGCAUAUUUGCGAAUCAAAAGUUAAGCAAAUUGACAAUCCUUUCAUUGAUAGCAAUCAGCGACAGACAGUCGUAGACAUGAAAGAUGUUAUGGUGCUCAAUGAUAUUAUCGAGCAAGCUGCUGUGAGUGGAGGGAGUGAACGUGGAGUUUCUGUUUAUUAUUUCUCAGCCAAUAAUGACGACGAAGAGGAGGAACCAACAUUCAGGGAACGAUUUCUGGAAUAUGCCAUCAGAAUCAUUGACAUGUUUUGCGUAUGGGAUUGUUGUAAAUGUUGGGUUGUUAUUCAGAAGUUUAUCGCCCUUAUUGUCUUUGAUCCAUUCGUUGAACUUUUUAUUACGUUGUGCAUUGUUGUUAACACCUUGUUUAUGGCACUGGACCAUCACGACAUGGACAAGGAUUUAGAAAGAGCUUUGAAAAGUGGAAAUUACUUCUUUACUGCAACAUUUAUGAUUGAAGCUACGAUGAAAUUAAUUGCAAUGAGUCCAAAAUACUACUUUCAGGAAGGUUGGAACAUCUUUGAUUUUAUUAUAGUGGCAUUAUCGUUGUUAGAACUUGGACUGGAAGGAGUUCAAGGAUUAUCAGUGUUGCGUUCAUUUAGAUUGUUGAGAGUAUUUAAAUUAGCAAAGUCGUGGCCAACUUUAAAUUUACUCAUUUCUAUAAUGGGUAAAACUAUGGGUGCUUUAGGAAAUUUGACAUUUGUACUUUGCAUUAUAAUAUUUAUUUUUGCCGUUAUGGGUAUGCAGUUGUUUGGAAAAAAUUACACAGAUAACGUUGAUCGGUUUUUCGACCAUGAACUUCCCCGUUGGAACUUCACCGACUUUAUGCACUCCUUUAUGAUAGUUUUUCGAGUCUUGUGUGGUGAAUGGAUUGAAUCCAUGUGGGACUGUAUGUUAGUGGGUGACGUCUCUUGCAUCCCAUUCUUUCUUGCAACCGUUGUGAUUGGUAAUCUUGUGGUUCUUAAUCUUUUCUUAGCUCUGCUUUUGAGUAAUUUUGGAUCGUCGAGUCUGUCAGCACCGACUGCUGACAAUGACACGAAUAAAAUAGCAGAAGCUUUUGACAGAAUCGGCCGCUUUAUAAGAUGGGUUAAGGGCAAUGUUUUACAUAUCGCAAAACUGGUCCGAUUCAAGCUCACCAACCAAAUUUCCGACCAGCCGUCAGGUGAGGGACCGUCCAACAGUUGGAACCAAGAUGUGAGAUGUGAUGGUGGUUUAGAUAUCUCAGGAGAUGAAAUUUUAGCCGAUGGUAUAAUUAAAAAAAGUCCGAAAGAUCGAUUAGAAGUAACUAUUGGUACUGGAAUGGAUCUUACCGUUCAUGGAGACCCCAAAAGAGGCAAAAAUAAUAUUAACAAAAGCAAAACAAUAGGAAAUUCAAUUUUAGAACAUGGUAUGUACAUCGGUCACCUCGACGAAGACGAAAUUAGUAAUAAAUCGUAUGGUAGUCAUAAAAAUCGAUUUAAAGAGGAAAGUCAUAAAGGAAGUGUUGAUAUGUUAGACGAUCAUGAAGAGAAACGAGAUGCUAGUAAAGAAGAAUUAGGAAUUGGAGAUGAAGAAGUAGAAGACGAUAGAUUUGAUAUGGAAAAACCACUAACUGACAUUAUCAUUGUGGGAAAUGCUGACGACAUAAUUAUAGAUGAUUAUGCAGCUGAUUGCUUCCCUGAAUCAUGUUACAAAAAGUUUCCGUUUCUUGCAGGCGAUGAAGAUUCGCCAUUUUGGCAAGGUUGGGGGAAUUUAAGAUCAAAAACUUAUAGAUUAAUAGAGAAUAAAUAUUUUGAAACGGCUGUAAUCACAAUGAUCUUGUUAAGUAGUAUGGCAUUGGCGUUAGAAGACGUACAUUUACAGAGUCGACCAAUUUUGCAAGACAUACUGUAUUAUAUGGAUCGAAUAUUUACCGUGAUAUUCUUUUUUGAAAUGUUGAUAAAAUGGUUAGCGUUAGGAUUCCAAAAAUAUUUUACAAAUGCUUGGUGCUGGCUAGAUUUUGUGAUUGUAAUGGUAUCUCUAAUUAAUUUUAUUGCCUCUCUUUGUGGUGCUGGCGGAAUUCAAGCAUUUAAGACAAUGCGAACACUGCGAGCUUUAAGACCACUUCGUGCAAUGUCUCGUAUGCAAGGGAUGAGGGUUGUCGUAAACGCAUUGGUGCAAGCUAUACCAUCUAUCUUCAAUGUAUUGCUAGUGUGCUUAAUAUUUUGGUUAAUUUUUGCUAUAAUGGGUGUACAAUUGUUCGCUGGUAAAUACUUCAAGUGCGUGGAUGCAAAUAAAACAACACUAAGCUAUGAAAUUAUUCCUGAUGUAAAUGCGUGUAAAGCUGAAAAUUACACGUGGGAAAACUCUCGAAUGAAUUUUGAUCAUGUAGGAAAAGCAUAUUUGUGCUUGUUCCAAGUUGCUACAUUUAAAGGGUGGAUUCAAAUUAUGAACGAUGCUAUAGAUUCUAGAGAUAUUAACAAACAACCAAUAAGAGAAACAAACAUUUAUAUGUAUUUAUAUUUCGUAUUUUUUAUAAUAUUUGGAUCGUUUUUUACGCUUAAUCUAUUCAUUGGUGUGAUUAUUGAUAAUUUUAAUGAACAAAAGAAAAAGGGUGGUGAUUCAUUGGCAUUGAUGAUGACAGAUGCACAGAAGAAGUAUUAUAAUGCAAUGAAAAAAAUGGGCUCUAAGAAACCAAUGAAAGCCAUACCAAGGCCAAGGUGGAGACCUCAAGCUAUAGUUUUUGAAAUAGUAACAGAUAAGAAAUUUGAUAUGAUAAUCAUGUUGUUUAUUGGACUGAACAUGCUUACGAUGACAAUGGAUCACUACCAGCAAAAAGAAACUUUUACGAAAGUUCUCGAUUAUCUUAACAUGAUUUUCAUUGUUAUAUUUAGUACCGAGUGCCUCAUGAAAAUUUUUGCUUUACGUUACCACUACUUUACAGAACCUUGGAAUUUGUUCGAUUUAGUGGUAGUAAUAUUAUCAAUUUUGGGUUUGGUUCUAAGUGAUAUCAUAGAAAAAUAUUUUGUGUCACCAACAUUGUUACGAGUUGUUCGUGUAGCAAAAGUCGGAAGAGUUCUUCGUUUGGUCAAGGGAGCAAAAGGCAUCCGAACAUUGCUUUUUGCAUUAGCUAUGUCACUACCAGCACUGUUUAACAUCUGUUUGUUGUUGUUCUUGGUGAUGUUUAUUUUUGCCAUCUUCGGGAUGUCUUUCUUCAUGCACGUGAAAGAUAAGAGUGGAUUGGAUGAUGUGUACAACUUUAAAACAUUUGGACAGUCGAUGAUUCUUCUCUUCCAGAUGUCAACCUCGGCGGGUUGGGAUGGAGUAUUAGAUGGGAUUAUCAAUGAAGAAGAUUGUAAACCUCCAAACACUGAGAUAGGAGAGACUGGAAAUUGUGGGAAUUCGACAAUUGGUAUUGCAUUUCUGCUCAGCUAUCUCGUCAUUUCUUUUCUCAUUGUCAUCAAUAUGUACAUCGCUGUGAUUUUGGAGAACUACUCCCAGGCAACAGAAGACGUACAAGAAGGUUUAACAGAUGAUGACUACGACAUGUACUACGAGAUUUGGCAGCAGUUUGAUCCAGAUGGGACACAAUACAUCCGUUAUGACCAACUUUCGGACUUUCUUGACGUGCUGGAACCUCCUUUACAAAUCCACAAACCCAACAAAUAUAAAAUUUACUCCAUGGACAUUCCAAUUUGCAAGGGUGACAUGAUGUUUUGUGUCGACAUUUUAGACGCGCUAACAAAAGACUUUUUCGCUCGUAAGGGCAACGAAAUUGAGGAAACUGCUGAACUUAGUGAAGUGCAACCACGACAAAAUGAACCGGGUUAUGAACAAGUCAGUUCAACACUUUAUAGACAACGCGAGGAAUAUUGUGCAAGACUGAUCCAGAAUGCGUGGCGCAAAUAUAGACUGCGCACGGGUGGUGCUCCAGAACAAGUGAAUGUCGAGGAGGCCACCGGCGAUGGCGAUGGGGAGAUGGAAGUCCAUCAAACGGCGGUUUUGGUCGAAAGUGACGGCUUUGUGACCAAAAACGGACACAAAGUUGUGUUGCACACGCGCACACCCAGUAUCAGCUCCAAGUCGGCGGAUGUCUGAGACCGGCCCCGCCCCUCCCAGAUCUCGCCAUAGCCGGAUGGCACGUCUUUUUUAUCUCGGCUGUACACCAGAUUGUCCUCACUAUUACAUCGAAUUCCGUAGAUUCAACCAGAAUUGCGUUUAUUAUUUCAAUCUGGACACGAUCGAGACUAAAAAUCACGUCGACUAAAGUUUGUGCUGUGUAGUUUGGUGGAGAAGGUAUUGUAUAAUUAGGUGUCAACUGCUUUUGCUGCUCAUAUCGCUAUUGUACUAUUAACUAACUAAAUAUGGUUACUUAACUGAAUUCCACAACCAUCAACAAGUCAUAGUUGUAUGAACAGUGAAUUUUAAUCAAUGACUAGUCCUCUAUUUUCACAAAAAAAUAGCAACGAUGUCCCAGCAUUUGUUGCUAUAUGAAAAUACUAACACUAGUCGCAAAAGGAAAGACAGUUGAUGUAUUUCAUAACACUGAAAUCCUAUUAAUUCGAAAUGUAGAAUAUUUUAUUUCUGUUACUUAUUCUCUUUAAUACACUUUGACUUAAUGGGACGACAGAUUAUAAUUUUACAGUUAUUGUAAUAGUGGGAGUAAAAUCCUGUAAAUAAUUAUUGUUAAAUACCAAAACAGGUAUAGAACAAAGCUUGGUGUAAACCAAGCCACUAUCAUCCUGAGUCUAUUAGCCUUAAAAUGCCGUCAAAGCAAUCAUUUAGAAAAUUGAAAUUUUAGCAAAAUAUUGUUAUUUGAGAGCAACUGUUCCCAAGUGGCUCCCAAAAAUUUACAGUUUUUAAGGAUAAUGAUUCAGGGGCAUUUCUAAGUCAAAUUCGCGAAAAGUGUAUAAUUUUAAUCCGAUUACACGUUUCGAGAAUUGGCCACAAAUAUAUUCUAAAUGGGCCCGAAUCAUAAACUGUUUUAAAAUCACAUCAGUUAUUUGAAAAAUUAUGGUGCUUUCUUCAAUUGCUAAUCUUCACAUGCUACAUGGACCGCAUUCAAAGGGAGGGGCAAAUGGGUUAAAAUUUGCAAAAAAUACACAAAUUUUUGUAUGCCUCAUGUAAAUUAGUAUGUGUGACAUUUUUGUUAAGCAACCCGGCACAUUAGUUGAUAUUUCAUUUAAAUACUAAAGCAUUUUAAGACGUGGUGGCACGGAUUGUACAAAUUAUUCACAAAAUUGUACAUUAUGUAGUGAUGUUUAUACAUUAUCUUAAAUUUUGUAUCAUGGCUGGACCAUUAGUGAGGUAAUAACGUGUCCAUCAUUUUAAAAUGUAUGGAAAAAUGUCACGCAUACCCCAAUACUGCAACAACUUUAUUGAUAAUGUAACUAGAACAGGGGUGAAUUCUCUUGUUCAACGUUACGCCACGCUGUUAUAUUUUGUUAAUUAAUUAUUAAUUCAUAGAUAAUUAUUGUUGAAAUUUUAUAUGAAUUGGUUAGUGUUUGUUUGACGUGGUUUAUUGUCAUUAUUAUAUUCCCGUAAUCUUUCUUGGUCCCACAGUACCUGCUGGUAUCAGGCCUUAAAAUUUCUUGUACAGUUCUAGCCAUGAAUAAACAUUUCCUUAAAAACAUUCGUUGUUAUUUCAAAAUAAACAACCAAAGCUCAUUCAAACACUCACCAUUGGUGAAACAAAGUGAUAAUGAAUUUGUUAUACAGUCAACACUGUUGCUUUUUACUUGAUGAGCCAAAUAAUAUUAAAAAUGUGGAAUUGCAUGCCGUAAUAUAAUGUAACAUCAUACGCACACAUUGUUAUUGUGAAACAGACACAACUGUUUUUUCAAUACACUGUUUGCAGUUUUAAAAAAUGCCAGUGAAACUACAAAACCGUUCCAAUAAAUCAUAUUUUUGGCACUAGUCAUAUUACUGAUACAGUGUGUUGUGGAUCAGUUCUUUUUCACUACGUUAUUCAAGUGAUUCACUAUACACAAAAUAAGACAUUUUGCACAUAAUGUACAUGCUUUUUUAUAUUUUUGCGUUAUGUUUAUAAAAUGCAUGUAGGUACAUGUAACAUACACUUUAUAGGCUUGAAUGAAUGUUCGAUACAGUGUAUUUACAUUUGGACAACUCAUACAUGUAAAAUAAUGAAUAAUCAUAGUAUUACAAUAUAUAUACAUAUAAUUUUUCUAAGCAAUCGUUGUUUUAGGAUAGCCAUUGAUAUAUUAAAAUUUAGUUUGUAAGCUUUGCGAAAAUUAAAGCGAUCUCGAUUUA